CCGGGCGGCGGCGACGGCGGCCCUUCAUGCUGCGGCGCCCGCUGGCCGGGCUGGCAGCGGCCGCCCUUGGCCGGGCCCUGUCGGACGGGCUAGAACUGAGGCUCUCACAUGAGACUGAAUCUCGACUCUUCUCGAUGGAAAGAGACCCAGAUGCGGCUGUGUAGCGCCAUGACAGGCCUAAGUCCUCCGCGGUGUGUGCUUCUUGCCACAGUAUGGCUUCUUGCUUCUUCCCUGAGAGGGCCCAGCUCCCUCCAUGCAAGGCAUGGCCCCACCCCACUGUGAGAAGAAGUAAGAAGGAAACUGCUGGCUCUCCCACUUCAAAUCAGGUUCUUGAAGUGCAGCCCCAAGCUGAGCACAGAGGCUACUCAGAAGGGAUGUCAGGACCAAGGCCCGUUGUCCUGAGCGGACCCUCGGGGGCUGGGAAGAGCACCCUACUGAAGAAACUCCUGCAGGAGCAUGGCAGCAUCUUUGGCUUCAGCGUGUCCCACACGACAAGGGACCCGAGGCCAGGAGAGGAGAACGGCAGAGAUUACUACUUUGUGACCAGGGAGGUGAUGCAGCGCGACAUUGCUGCCGGAGACUUCAUCGAGCACGCCGAGUUCUCAGGGAACUUGUACGGGACCAGCAAGGCCGCUGUGCGGGCCGUGCAGGCCAUGAACCGCAUCUGCGUGCUGGACGUGGACCUGCAGGGCGUGCGCAACAUCAAGAAGACGGACCUGCGGCCCAUCUACAUCUUCGUGCAGCCGCCCUCACUGGAUGUCCUGGAGCAGCGGCUGCGGCAGCGGAACACGGAGACGGAGGAGAGCCUGGCCAAGCGCCUGGCAGCCGCCCGGGCCGACAUGGAGAGCAGCAAGGAGCCCGGCCUGUUUGACCUGAUCAUCGUCAACGACAGUCUGGACAAGGCCUACUGGGCCCUGAAGGAGGCGCUCUCCGAGGAAAUAAAGAAGGCUCAAGCCACUGGUCAGUCCUGAGGAGGCCCGCCAGCUGUGUCCUCUUAGGUGGGGCCUAGGGCCUGGUGCCCACACCAAUGGGCCAGAGUCUCCUGGCAGUGGCUCUGCUCACCUCAGCUAGGACCCAGAGAUUGGGGUGCUGUCCAUCUUCCCUCACCCCCCACCGUGGUUGGAGGACCUUGUCUCUUACCCCCAUUCCCCAUGUCCAUUUCUAGGCUUCCUCCCCACCAUGCCCUGUCAACCCCUUACCCGUGGAAGCCAGGCCAACAUCCAAAUAAAGAACUGCUGGGUUAGAGUGUC